GAGCAUGUGACGUGAUUGAAAAUGACAUACACUUAGACUUUAAUAUGCAGUAGAGACUGUAAGGUGUCUCUUACCUACUCUCUUCUUGCUUCGUACGCUUGGGUGUAUACUUGUACCGCUUGAUUGAAGGGGCACGAAAAGCGCAACUCCGCCAGCCAGCCUCACGCUAUAUUUUCGAAAACCCAACUGUCCAGUUUGCUCCAUUCAUCCCACACUAGCCAUCCUCUAUGAAUUCGUUGUACAAUCAUUCUCUGAAGCAAACGCAAGCACUUCAAAGAGAUCUCAACAAAUUCCUUUCUGGCGAGGACACCUCCACCGGAUUGCAAGGCCAAAUAACAGCGGCAUUUGGAUCUCUUGAUCGAUCUAUCGCAGACUUUGAGAAGCAAGCUCGAAGAGAGAUUUUGACCGCCAAAAGGGAACUCGCGAUGAGUCGAGUCCAAAAGUUCCGCGAUGAGUUACAGGUCAUGCGUCUCCAAUUCGAUAAUAGUAAGAAGGAUCAGGAACAGAAACUGAGCCAGGCUAAUAGGCGAGACCUCUUGGGAGUAAGGCCUCCAAGAUCUGGUGGUGAAUCACCGAUGGAGCACCCGUAUCAAACGCCAUCGCCGUUAGAGCAUGCCAUGCGUGAACGAGGAUUUGCCCAGAGCACAGAGAGCCACCUCGACGACUUUAUAAGCCAAGCGCAGCAUGUUUUAGAAAAUCUUACAGAUCAACAUGGAAUACUCAAGCAAACGCAAAGACGGAUUUUGGACACUGCAAAUACGUUGGGUCUGUCACAAAAUGUUAUACGGUAUAUUGAACGACGGUCAGCGCAAGACAAGUGGAUUUUCAUUAUUGGUAUUAUCAUCACGGUCGGUUUAUUGUGGGCCAUUGUACAUUACCUAGGAUGAAGCGUUCAGACGCUUUUGCAAUUUACAAUACUAUAGAAUACCCUCUUUCUCCUCAGCCUACAAUAUAAACUUCCAUUAUUUACUUCACUUCACUGCUUUGGGAACGUCUACAGGUGUACAGUGAAAUUUUUUUUUUCCGUGAUAGCCAGGGGAGCGAGACAGGAGGGUUUGAUCAACACUGCUUUUAGCAAUUCAUUCGGCUAUACCAACCCAUCAU